AAUCGUAUCGGACACGACAAGUGUCUCGUCUACAGUUCACACACCCGUGGCCGAUUGUCGAUCACCCGUUGCCGAGAGAGAACUCUGACCAGGACGAUCAGAAAACCUUUCAGGAAAAUGGGGAAAAUCACUGGUAUAAUGGUGGCACCGUGGUGGAAGUCAAGGGAGAUGAAAUGACGAGAAUAAUAUGGGAACUUAUCAAAGAGAAACUCAUCUUCCCAUAUGUCGAACUCGAUAUCAAGUCAUUUGAUCUUGGACUUGAAAAUAGAGAUGCCACGAAUGAUCAAGUGACAAUUGACUGUGCCCAUGCCAUCAAAAAAUACAAUGUGGGAAUCAAAUGUGCAACUAUAACACCAGAUGAGAACAGAGUAGUAGAGUUUAAAUUGAAGAAGAUGUGGCGAUCUCCGAACGGCACUAUCAGGAACAUUCUUGGAGGGACAGUUUUCCGUGAGGCUAUCAUCUGCCAGAACAUUCCGCGUCUAGUCACCACCUGGAUUAAACCUAUUGUGAUUGGUCGUCAUGCCUAUGGUGAUCAGUACAAGGCAACAGACUUUCUUGUUCCUGGUGCGGGUAAAGUGGAAAUAAAGUACACCCCUGCAGAUGGGGGAAAGCCGGUCACCUACACGGUUCAUGAUUUUGAAGGACCAGGUGUUGCCCUUGGCAUGUUCAACACUGAUAAGUCCAUUACAGAAUUUGCACAUAGUUCAUUUCAAUAUGCACUGGCUAAGGGCUGGGUCUUGUACAUGAGCACCAAGAACACCAUCCUAAAGAAGUAUGAUGGACGCUUUAAGGAUAUAUUCCAGGAUGUUUAUGAUUCGGAAUAUAAAUGUAAAUUUGAGGAGAAGGGAAUAUGGUACGAGCACAGACUCAUAGACGACAUGGUCGCUCAGGCAUUGAAAUCUGAGGGAGGCUUUGUGUGGGCCUGCAAGAAUUAUGAUGGAGAUGUUCAGUCUGACAAUGUUGCCCAAGGUUAUGGCUCGCUUGGUAUGAUGACAAGUGUUCUGAUCUGUCCUGAUGGGAAGACAGUGGAGGCAGAGGCAGCCCAUGGCACUGUCACCAGACAUUACAGGUGCCAUCAGCAGGGGAAGGAGACUUCUACUAACCCCAUUGCGUCGAUCUUUGCAUGGACUCGUGGACUCCAGCACCGUGCAAAGCUUGAUAACAAUAAGGACUUGGCCAAGUUCUGCCAGAACCUGGAAGAUGUAUGUGUUGAGACAAUCGAAUCUGGUGCUUACACCAAGGACCUUGCAGGCUGUGUGUUGGGGUCGAUGGCAAAUGUCAAGAGAGCGGAUUACCUGAACACCUUCGAGUUCUUGGACAAGCUUGGUGAGAACAUCAAAACAAAGAUGACAACUGACAGAAAACUGUAGGUGACAGUGCUGGACAUGCAGUUAGAAUGGUUGUCCAAGUAUGUUGAGUAGGGUUAGCAAGGGCUUUCACUUAGUAAUAAUGACAUCUCGCAAUAAUCCCAGGCCAAUUUCUGUAACAUUGAAGCUGCUAAGAGUAAGAAUGCUUUGUAGUGAGAUAGGUGUGUAGAGUGUGGUAGUAAAUGGUAUCUAAAUUUGCCACAUGUUUAACAUGUAGGAAGAAUAAUUUUAAUAUAUAUCAUGAAUGAAUUAUCAAGCACAACACUGAGUACAGGUAACUCUUGGUUUAGCGAUAGUUACAAUAUUAAAAUUGGUCACAUAAAUCAAAUAGUCGUAUACCAAACAAUGUAAGUGUCCAUGCACCGAGUCAAAAGCAGAAACCUGUAUUCCCACCUAAUACUAGUGCCAUCUCAUAUGGUGCUGGUAACACCACGCCACUAUGCUGUCAGACCAAUGAUGAUGCUUAUCAGUUAUUACGUUAUAUUAAAUAUAACCUCUAGUAAAUCUGUUAAAUAAGGUGUCAGACUACCUACGUUAUUUUAAACAUGUUCAAACCAGACUCACACAAAUCAAGAGUUGCCUUACAUAAAAUGUUAGAAUAAAUAAGAACAAAAAGUAUACUUUCCUGAGCUUAUAAUUCUCUCUGGUUAUAGUGAUAUUGGUGUAUGUCAACUCACUAUUGUGUUGUAGUGCUCGUAUAUAUGCACGCGAUGUGGUUUUCUAGUUAGUACUACAGACAUCACAGCAACAAUCACAGCAGAUGACAGGCAGAGAAUCGUUAGCAGGAAUUUAGUAUUUUUAUUUUGCGAACGAAGACGUCACUGAUAACCAUCCUCUCUGUGUGGCUUCAGUUGGCGCUGUGGGCACAAACACAUUAUGAGAUAUAUAGAUAUGAACCAAACUAAACUAAACCACACAAUGUUAAAAUGUGUGUUCAUCAAAUAGAUGUCCACCAUUUUCUUUAUCAUUCAAGGUAAAGACUAGGUAUAAGCUCAGUAAUGCGUACAGUCUUGUCUCCACUCGUACUAAAAUGUUGAGAGAAUACUAUUAAAAACGUAGGGUCACUGUCAUUAAUAUAUAUUCCUUAUAAUACACUCAUGAUAUAUAUUUAUAUGCAUAUAUAUAUAUAUAUAUAUAUAAUGGUAUAUGGUAAUGUCUUGUGUAUAUCUGGUGUAGUAUUUAGUUACUAAGUAUAAUAUGGUGUAUUAAAUUAUUGUUUGAUUUAUUAUAUAUUUCCAUCAAAUAUCCAUCUAACAAGAGAUUAAUUAGGUGCUCUAGGUGUGUACACAUAGGCAUCACUGUUGCUACAGUGCCUAAUGUGUGAGGUGUACAUAUUAUUAAGAGCCUUUAAUGAAGUUUUACAAGACCCAAGAACAUGUAUUCGCUGGGUGCACGGAAGAUAGUUAGUCUCUUGUUGAAAGGUUGCUUGCUUUUAUUUAUGGACAUGUUACUUUAGUUGAAUAAAUGUAGGUUACUGAGAUCAGCUAAAA